ACAAAAGUUGAACAUUUAGAGUUGGCCACGACCCAUUAGGAUGAAAAAAAACGUCCUUGGAAUGAUUAAAAAAAUUGUUUGGUCUGCUUAUCGGAUUUAAAUCUUCUUAAUUUCAACAAAACUGAUGAUGAUGAUCAAACGAAUAUUGCAAUCAAAUAAAAAUUCUAGUUGAAAUGAUUCAAUGUGAUGAUGUUCAACCACAUCUCUCAUGUUGUUUUCGAUCAUCAACAAAAGUAAAAGUCGAGAAUAUUUGGCGUCGAUAGGUAGAAAAUUUUGUUAGUAUAAAAGUCCAAAGAUGAGAUUCGCUCAUAUUCAUUUAUAAAUUUGUACCGUCAAUUGAAUAUCUAAAUUGAAGAAAAAUGAAAUUGACUUUAGCAUUUGUUUUGGCAAUUUUUGUUGUCACUUCUUCGGCAAUGCUUUUUCGAACAAAAGUCACUCCAGACCGAAUUGUAGUUAAAUCUCCGGUGAAAAAUACUAGACUUCGAAACAUUGUUCCUGUUCAACCAAUUCAACAGGUACAGAAUCCUAUCCAGACAGUUAUCCGUCAACCAUUCCAACCAAUUCGAUCAUUCAGUGAACCAUUAAAUGUUCCUGUGAUCUCAUCUCAUGAUAUACAAUUUAUUCCAGUUACGGUUGAAGCUCCAAUACAACAAUCACAAGUGAUUGCAGUCGAACCAAGUUCCCAGGCCGUACAUUUAGUAUUCAAAUCUGUAAGCAGCCCUGUAUCGAUCCAUCAACAACACAGUCCGGGUGAACGUUCAUUUUAUGAAACUACCCGAUCGGAAGAACCACCACAUGUUAUUCGACAUGAAGUUUUCAAACCAGUUGUCCAAGAAUUACGAGAAACUAUUCAGCCAUAUCGACAGGUUACUCAAGAAAUCAGACCGGUUAUUGAAAAAAUUAACGUUCUUGUACCGAAAGGACAACAAACAAACAAACAAUUGAGUGGUGAUCAUGUUAACCGUGAUUGGAUUUUGCCGAUUCCUCCAAUAUUGCCAAAAUUGCCCGAUUUACCAUCAAUAAUUAAACCAAUUUUUUCAAAGCCCGUUGUUCAGCUACCUGAAGAGCAACGAUUUCCAGUUCAACAACAAGAGGUUCCGAUUGUUCAAAUUCAUGAACCAGAUUCCAACAUUCAAAUAGCACAUGAACGAUAUACAGUUCCUAUAAUUGUUGAACAUACACAACAACAACGAAUGGAAGAAACUAAUGAAGAAAAUUUUGAUUAAAUGCAAAUUGAUUGUCAACUUUUUUUCGGUCGCUACCUCAAUUUCAAACACAUGAUCAUAUGAUUCGAACCGAAUUUAAAAAAAUUUCAAUUUGAUAUAUUAUUUCAUUUAAUACUUUCACAAUCGUAAAUUGCAAAAUUUGCUAAAUAAAUUGACCUUGAUUACAAAACCAA